AUCAGAUAAUAUUCAUCAUAUAAUAUGGAUCAAUUCAAGCUCCGUCACAGUCAUAUUUCUGGAUCAAUUUGUUUCAAAAUAGAAAUUUGACGGUGUGCAGAAUGAAGUGUACGCUUAUAUUAUUAUUAGUGACCUUUUGUGUGGGACUAGGAAAUACUUUGGAAUGCUUCGACUCGAAGGAAAACAAAAAUGUUGAGUGUACAAAAGAGAACAGCAGUCUCGAUGAUCUAGGAAUUAAAGAUGCAGACCUCAGUGAUGAUGAUUUCAUUUGUGUAACAGGAGAAAUAGAGGAUUCUAGCACCACCACUACUUCUACAGCUAUUCCUACUGGAACUACCCCAACUACGACUCCCUCACCCAAUACUAAAACUGCCCCAACUUCGACUCCCUCACCCAAUACUAAAACUGCCCCAACUUCGACUCCCUCACCCAAUACUAAAACUGCCCCAACUUCGACUCCCUCACCCAAUACUAAAACUGCCCCAACUUCGACUUCCUCACCCAAUACUAAAACUGCCCCAACUUCGACUCCCUCACCCAAUACUAAAACUGCCCCAACUUCGACUCCCUCACCCAAUACUAAAACUGCCCCAACUUCGACUCCUUCACCCAAUACUAAAACUGCCCCAACUUCGACUCCUUCACCCAAUACUAAAACUGCCCCAACUUCGACUCCUUCACCCAAUACUAAAACUGCCCCAACUUCGACUCUCUCAACCACUACUGAAACUGCCCCAACUUCGACUCUCUCAACCACUACUGAAACUGCCCCAACUUCGACUCUCUCAACCACUACUGAAACUGCCCCAACUUCGACUCUCUCAACCACUACUGAAACUGCCCCAACUACGACUCUCUCAACCACUACUGAAACUGCCCCAACUACGACUGUCUCAACCACUACUGAAACUGCCCCAACUACGACUCUCUCAACCACUACUGAAACUGCCCCAACUUCGACUCUCUCAACCACUACUGAAACUGCCCCAACUUCGACUCUCUCAACCACUACUGAAACUGCCCCAACUUCGACUCUCUCAACCACUACUGAAACUGCCCCAACUUCGACUCUCUCAACCACUACUGAAACUGCCCCAACUUCGACUCUCUCAACCACUACUGAAACUGCCCCAACCUCUAAACUUUUCGCAUAUCCAAACAGGCCAUUUAUGGAUGAAGGAGAGUCACCAGGUCAAUGGAACAGUAUUCGAGUAUCGAGAGUGCGGCGUGCUCUUUCCUUCAGAGAAAUUCUAGGCAGUCCCUUGUAUGCAAAGAAAGAAGUAAAACAGUGUGGUCGCAAGCUGAAGGAUGGGUCUGAUCUAUGCAAAAAACUCGAGGGUCUUGGCAUGACGGGCUGUCAAACAAAUGGAACCUUUAGACUAUCAUCAAGUUGGACGAUGUUGGCUGUUAUCCUAUUUUUCGCCUAUUCGAUGUUCUGAGGAAAAUGCAUAUACCCUUCUAGAAAUUCUGGACCUGGUAACUUUCAAAAGUUGUACGGAGCAUGAAUUAUAAAGUGUGAUAUUUUAUUGGUUCAAAUAAUGGAUUUUUUCGAUUAUCUAGUAUUUAAGUACUGACGUUAAUAAUUUAUAGAAUAUUAGGUUUUUUAUUUGAUGUCUUCAAUCUGUCACACUAGUGACUAUCUAUCAUCAUUUAUGAUUCGAUAUCUCACUAAGUGAUCAAUAUUUACAUUAUUCUAGUAUAUAGGGAUGAUCAACACUAACAUAGAGAUCACUUUAAUACACAAUUGUCUUGAUUUAUAGAAUUUUUAAUAUCCAAGUUAUUCAGUCUACCUGUUUUAUUUGAAACCUAUCUCAUCCUUUGAGGUGAUCUCUAAUGUUGAAAAUUGUCAACUCUACCUACAUACCAAUAAUUUAUUCUAUUAUAUGUAAUUGUUUUCAUUAUCUUUUGAAAUUAAUAUAUUUAUUCAAAUUCAAAUUAUUGAUUUUUUUCGUUUCACUAUUCAAACCAGUUUCUGGGAUGACUUCAUCCUUUAGAUUGGAGCUAUCACUGUAAUAAAAUUCAAAGUUAUA